AUAUAUAAUGCCCGCGAGGGUCGAGUGCUGACUGAGCGAGGGGCUAUUUUCUUUGUCGUGAGAUUUGAAAAGCAGGAGGACUAAAAGUGUAAGGAAGCAGAUGACGACGGCGGCGGUGAACCUGCCGAUCAUUGACUUGUCCUCAUCAGAUUCCAUCUCCUCCGCCAAUUCAAUCCGUCAGGCAUGCAUAGAGUGUGGUUUCUUCUACCUGGUGAAUCAUGGCGUCGAGGAAGAGCUGUUUGCAGAGCUGUUCGAUCGGAGCAGCAACUUCUUUUCGCUUCCUUUGGAAGAUAAGUUGAAAUUUUCUCGCAAGCAUAACAGAGGCUACACCGCACUAUUUUCGGAGAAUCUCGACUUCGCUUCCAGCUCCAAAGGUGACUCAAAAGAGAGUUUUUAUGUUGGCCCUUUAGAUGACCCAACUCAAAGUAAUUUGAACCAAUGGCCUCCAGAAGAUAUCCUUCCAUCUUGGAGGCCUGCAGUGGAAUCGUACUAUAGAAAAGUAAUGUCUGCUGGAAAAAGAUUAAUCUCUGUUAUUGCCCUGGCUUUAAACCUGGAUGAGGACUUUUUCGAGAAAGUGGGGGCAAUGGAUAAACCAAAGGGUUUUCUUCGACUUUUGCACUAUCCAGGUGAGCUGGGAUCAACUGAUGAAGAAAUAUAUGGUGCUUCUGCUCAUUCAGAUUAUGGCAUGAUCACACUCCUUGCAUCCAAUGGAGUUCCUGGACUUCAGGUUUGUAGGGACAAAUCUAAGCAACCUCGAAUCUGGGAAGAUGUUCUUCACAUAGAUGGGGCAUUCAUUGUUAACAUUGGGGACAUGAUGGAGAGGUGGACUAAUUGUUUGUUCAGGUCAACACUGCAUAGAGUGAUGCCAACAGGACAAGAACGCUACUCUGUAAUCAUUUGCCUAUUGGUCCAUUUUUAUUUGCUUUUCAUAAUACUGACUGUACUUCACAAUGCAAUGGUGGCUUUCUUCAUGGAUCCCAAUGACGAUUGUGUGGUGGAAUGUCUGAAAAGUUGUUGCAGUGAAGCAUCACCGCCAAGAUUUCCUCCCGUCCGCAGUGGGGACUACCUGGAAGAGCGUUUUCGGCUUACAUAUGCAACUUAAAAGGUCUGUCUUUUGCAGUUGCAGUACGUGAUGAUGAUUUUAUUUUGUGAUGAUAAACGGCUCUUAUAAUCAAAUAGGUCUAUUACCAAUCCUGGUUUUAUAAUUCCACUGGAAACAAAUUGCUAUUGUUUGUAUUGGGAUUGUAUCUCUAAAAAGCACUUCAGCUCAUAAGCGCUUGUGGCAUAAGUGCUUUUAUUAUUAACAUGUUGAAGUUCUGUAUACUUUUUUUCAUGGAUUGAGAAGAAUACAUCGAAGGAAUUUGGAGACUAAAUUUCGGUCACAA